CUCGAUUUUCUCGCACUCCACCCGCGCGAGCUAGCACCCAACGAACAACUCACGGUUAGCUCCCUGCUCCCUCUUUGCGCAUGCCAGUCAAAGAGUACACCAAUCGCAGUAAUGACGAGCCUGGGGAGCGCCCCAGUGACCUGAAUCGUCUCGCUGACAUAUCCGUGGACAUGAGACCAUACGCCAAUGACAGCAGCAGCGAUUCGGAAACGGAUCUGUUUGCCGCCGCGGACGCGCGAAAGCUUCGCAUGUUGGCCUCCGUGGACCAAACGGAAGAGCUCAAGGAUUACGUGUUGACGGCGAUGCGGCAACUGUCUCGCAUGAGUUCUGGCCUUGCCAUGCUGCUCCCGACCUCGUCGUUGCACCAAGGCAGCCACUCGUCGCUGGACGACACCACUCCCCGCGGGGCCGACCUCAUGGGUCGGGUGUGGCACAGUCUCCACAAAGUCAGCGCCGCCGUCAACUCCCUCGCGCGGCACUCCACGGCUGGACUCGACCCGUACUUUGACGCGUUGGACCUCACCCUUCUCCCUCCCGACCCGACCAUGGCCCUCGAAGCGAUCCACGCCAAGCUGCUUUCUCUGCGACAUAAACUGGAGACCCCGCUCGCAAAGAUGGACGCCGCUGCCCGGCCGCUCUUGAUGUCUGCAUGGGAACAAGGCCAUGCCGAUGCCCACGAACACACCGCCACCGCCGUCGCCUGCUGGACGAGCAGAGCCGCGGAGCUGCACAGCCGUGUCGAAGCCGCCAUGGCGACGACGACUGGAGCAGACACGUCGUCACCCGUGCUGGCCGAGGUCCUACAAUUCCUCGGGAGCAUGCACCUCAUCCACACGCCAGCAGCUGUGACGGCGUCCGCCGCGCGUCAAGUGCAAGCUGUAGACGGGCUCGUGACGGCACUGCAAAGUGCCUUGCCCCCCCCCUCUUCGCAUGAGUCGAGUUUUCACGCACCAGGAGAAGAUGGCGGCGGUCGCGUGAUGACUGACCAGGUCCCCCCACAGCAUCCGCACGCUCGCCGCCUUCCCCCUCAGUCUACCCGUCCCAAGCAGCCCCCGGAAGCAUCCAGUCCGCACCAACCGUUUAUAGACGUCCACAAGAAACGUCCAUCAAAAGACUAUCCAAAGCCCCACCUACCACUGGAAAAGAAAGUGCGGCGGCCGAGUACAUCGCCGUAUGCGACUGUGAGACACAACGAAGACGACGCCAUGCCCCCCCAUGAAGUGGCGCUGCCGCCCACGGACGUGUCCCCGGCCUCGUCGCGCCGAAGCCGCCUAAUCACGCUGGACUUGCCCGUGCCCAGCACCCCACCGCCCGUCCAGUCGGUCGAUGAAAAGCUGGUAGCGUCGCCAGUCGUCCCGCAUUCCCGUGUCGUCGGGUGUGAAAAGUGCUUUAUGAACAACAACCACGACAAGAUGCUGCUGUGCGACAACAAUUGCGGCCGAGAGUACCACAUGUACUGCCUCCAGCCGCAGCUCGACGUGGUGCCUGAAGACGACUGGUUCUGUCCAGAAUGCGUCAAAGUUGCGUGUCUGGCCAUGCGAUGCAGUCGCUUUUGCGUGUUCAACCAAAAGUACUGCCCGCGGCACUUGUGCAAAUUCCAAGGAUGUCCGUUCCGAUGCAAGAAGCAGGGGUAUUGCGGCAAGCAUUCCAAGCUCCACGCGCAUGAAGGGGGGGGGUCUGCGCGUGGAAGUACCCGCCCCCUUCACCCUGAGGAUGAUGGAACCUCUGCCGGACCACCCGAUCCAUAUGUCGACGACGACGACAACGACAAGUUGUUGAAAUAUAAAUAGUGAUAUACACACACAUCUGGUAAAAAAUAAAUUACGUCCAACGUCGUCCCAC